AUGACUGAUUCCAUCUACAAGGGAGAAGACUUCGAACAAAAGGUCAGAAAGCAAGUCGAGUUUUACUUCUCCGACAGCAAUUUGCAAACUGACAAAUUUUUGUGGAAAAUUUACGAGGCCAAUGAUGGUUGGGUUGAAUUGAAGACCAUCUUGACCUUCGGUAGAAUGAGACAAUACCGUCCUGAAGAACGUGUUAUUGCAGCAUUGAAGGAAUCCAAGCUCUUGAAGCUCUCUGCCAACGAAGACAUGGUCAGAAGAACCGAACCAUUGAGAGAAUUCAACGAGUUGAAGAAUAUCAGAAAGAGAAACACAGUACACAUCGAGGGAUUCCCUAAGGAAGCCACCCAAGAAGAUUUGGAAGCUUUCUUCGGUAAGAUUGUCGAACAAUUACCAAAGGAAAAGGACGUCAGUUCUAUACGUAGAGUCAAGAGCAGAGUCAAGAGAGAAUUCUUUGGUGUUGUGGAUGUUGAGCUUAAGACCCAAGAAGAUGCUGAAUACUUAUUGAACUUGACUCUCAGCUACCCACAAGGUGCUGUCAAGGCUGACGAUGAAUCCGUUGACAAAAAGACCAUUUUGAAGCAGAUGUCCUUGUUGACUUUCCAAGAAAUGAGAGAAAGUGGCAAGAGAUUCGGUGUCAACGAAGUUGGUAAGAGACGUAACAGUUUCAACGACAAGGGAGGAAAGAAGAACAAGAAGGCCAGAAAGGAUGUGAAGGAAGAAAACGAAAUCAAGGAAGAAGCUAAGGAAGAAGCUAAGGAAGAAGCUAAGGAAGAAGCCAAGGAGGAAGCUAAGGAGGAAGCCAAGGAGGAAUCCAAGGAAGAAGCUAAGGAGGAAACUAAGGAGGAAACUAAGUAA